AAUGGAUUACCACCUGCUUGGACUAAUUCUGUCUUUUCUCUUCAAUGGCACAAAGGUCUUAGCCGGUUACCCAAUUUGGUGGUCCCUCGCCCUGGGCCAGCAGUACAGCUCCCUGGGGUCCCAGCCCAUCCUCUGCGGCUCCAUCCCCGGCCUCGUCCCGAAGCAGCUCCGCUUCUGCCGCAACUACAUCGAGAUCAUGCCCAGCGUGGCCGAGGGGGUGAAGUUGGGCAUCCAGGAGUGCCAGCACCAGUUCCGGGGCCGCCGCUGGAACUGCACCACCAUCGAUGACAGCCUGGCCAUCUUCGGGCCCGUCCUGGACAAAGCCACACGAGAAUCCGCCUUCGUCCACGCCAUCGCCUCGGCCGGGGUGGCCUUCGCUGUCACCCGCUCCUGCGCCGAGGGCACCUCCACCAUCUGUGGCUGUGACUCCCACCACAAGGGACCCCCAGGGGAUGGCUGGAAAUGGGGGGGGUGCAGCGAGGACGCCGACUUCGGCGUGCUGGUGUCCCGGGAAUUCGCAGACGCGCGGGAGAACCGGCCGGACGCGCGCUCGGCCAUGAACAGGCACAACAACGAGGCCGGCCGGACGACCAUCCUGGAUCACAUGCACCUCAAGUGCAAGUGCCACGGGCUCUCGGGGAGCUGCGAGGUCAAGACCUGCUGGUGGGCCCAGCCGGAUUUCCGGGCCAUCGGGGACUACCUGAAGGAUAAAUAUGACAGCGCCUCGGAGAUGGUGGUGGAAAAGCACCGCGAGUCCCGGGGCUGGGUAGAAACUCUCAGGGCCAAGUACGCGCUUUUCAAGCCGCCGACGGAGCGGGACCUGGUCUACUACGAGAACUCCCCCAAUUUCUGUGAGCCCAACCCGGAGACGGGCUCCUUUGGGACGAGGGACAGAACGUGCAACGUCACCUCCCACGGCAUCGACGGCUGCGACCUCCUGUGCUGCGGGAGGGGCCACAACACCCGGACUGAGAAACGCAAGGAGAAAUGUCACUGCAUCUUCCACUGGUGCUGCUACGUGAGCUGCCAGGAGUGCACGCGGGUCUACGACGUCCACACCUGCAAGUAA